GGGCCCUCUAGUGCAGAGUUAAGGGCAACUUACCAUUACUGUUAUUUGCUGCAUCACUCGACAUUUCAUUACUCGUGGCAUUUGCUUCAACCAAGGCCUCAAGAUCUUUGAUUUUAGCAAGGAGAGGGGUAGUUGGUAAUUCCAGUUGAUGUUCAACCACAGACUCCUUGGAGUUGGCCAAAGUAUCCAGUGCCUCCACAAGAUUCAUCAGUUCUCGCUCGCGAGCCUGGAAAGACUCCUUAAGUUCCUCCACACUGUCGUGGUUGGUAUCGAUACCAUUUGGUUCCGUGUCCUUUUCAUUAUUAGCAACCGCCGAUCGCAGCUUUUCUAUUUCUUGUUCAAGAUUAUGUACAGUCUCCACAGACGUUUGUUUCUCGGCUUUCAACUUUUCCAAUUCAUCGACGUACGUUUGAUGGUUUGCCUUUGUUUUCUCCAAUUCCUCGGCGUACGUUUGAUUAUCUGCCUUGAGUUUCUCCAAUUCUUUUUGGUGUGUUUGUUGUUGUUCAUCUCGUAGAGUCUGCAACUCUUUAUCCAGACGCUGGAUAACUUCGUCUUUCUCUUUUAUGAUCGUGCCUUGUCGCUUUUCGCUCUCAGCGAGUGUCGCUUUGAGCUGUUCUAUGGCUUGUUCGGAUUCCUUGAAUCUGGAUUGAUCUUUCUCCUGAAUCAGCUUGGUUUGUUCAGCCGCU